CUCCCAACUGUUUGUGAAAAUCCCCCACGGCCGCUUGCUUUCUCUUUUGGCCUUGCUUUGAUUUCCCUAUUUACAAACAACCCAAUCCAAUUCGUCAGCAAAACGGCGCCUCUCUCUCUCUCUCUCUCUCUCUCUCUCAUAAUUCAUAAAUAUAUAUAUAUAAAGAUGUAUAAUAUUAAUAUUCGUGUAGUGUGAGAUUGAGACAAGUGAUGAUUGUGUAUAUAAAAGGACUGUGUCAAUUUGAUGGCUCCUCUUUUACAUUUCUGGGACUUCCCCACUUCCAAAAUCAGCCCAUUUCAUUCUGGGCCUUCCCUCUUUCCGAGCUUUCUUUCCAUUUUUGGAUAACAAACAAUCUCUCCAGCAAAGAUGGAAGGGUCUCCCAGUGACCGCCUUGAUUUUGGGAAGAUGGGUUUUGGUUGCAAGCACUAUAGGAGAAGGUGCAGGAUCCGAGCUCCCUGCUGCAACGAAGUCUUUGAUUGUCGUCAUUGUCACAAUGAAACCACAAGCAUGCUAAGCAGCCCCUGUGAUCAACACGAACUCAUCCGAUGCAAUGUUAAGCAAGUUAUUUGCUCUGUUUGUGACACAGAGCAGCCGGUGGCUCGUGUCUGUACGAACUGUGGAGUGAAGAUGGGAGAAUAUUUCUGUGAAGUGUGCAAAUUUCACGACGAUGAUAUUGACAAACAGCCAUUCCAUUGUGAUGAUUGUGGGAUCUGCAGAGUUGGUGGCCAGGAGAAUUUUUUUCACUGCAAGAAGUGUGGAUCAUGUUAUUCUGUGGGUCUGCGUGAUAAUCACUCUUGUGUGGAAAAUUCCAUGAGGCACCACUGUCCCAUAUGUUACGAGUAUCUCUUUGACUCCCUCAAAGACACUACCGUUAUGAAAUGUGGCCACACAAUGCACUGUGAAUGUUACCAUGAGAUGAUAAAGCAUGACAGAUAUUGCUGUCCAAUAUGCUCCAAGUCUGUUAUUGACAUGUCUAGGACCUGGAAGAGAUUAGACGAGGAGAUUGAAGCAACCAUCAUGCCCGAGGAUUACCGUUACAAGAAGGUUUGGAUUCUGUGCAACGAUUGCAACGACACUACUGAAGUCUUCUACCACGUAAUCGGCCAGAAAUGCAGCCACUGCAAAUCAUACAAUACCAGGACAAUCGUGCCUCCAGUUCUUCCUCACUGAAAAGAUAGGGUGUUUCCAAAUGCAUCUGCCACCAGUUCCCUUUUCCCCUUCAUUUAUGUCGAGACACCAUCGCAUUGCGUUCAUUCCAACUGUGGAAUUUGCCUGAAAGUUUCACCACAAACAUUCCUCAGGUGUUCUUCCCCCCCAGUUACUGCUAUAAAACCCAUUUAAAUGACUAUGGUUUAACUGUACACCCAGCAUUGAUAUCAUCUGGCCAGUUCUUGGGUCAUUACUCAUUAUCUAUAGAUUGUAUUGGAUUGCUUGCAACUUCUUGGAGUGAUGGUCAAUUGCAGCAUGAGCUAAUAUUGUCAUUGGCGAUCAUCAACUUUCUUAUUUUGACGUUAAAAAUUAUAUCUUUUACUCA